AGACGGAGAAGCUGGCGAUGACAACUAUGUGAUUGGAGCUCACCGCAUUGAAAAAACACUCUUCUUGCGGGACUGCUCCGCUCCAUGGGUUUGUCCUGUGAGCAUCAUGAAGGCCAUCGGCUAUCGGCCAGCCAAAACUUAGCAGCAUCCUUGGCUAAGCCAGGCAGCAACCCAUUUGCUUGGCUGCACCCAUUGAACCGACGCGCUCCUGUUGUUGGAUUUGACGGCAUCUACAGGUUUCCUGCGCAGGAACUCAAAGGACUGGCUGACAGGGCAAAGGAUCAAGUGAAGGUCUUGGGACGCUGUGGCUCAGGGGCAACUCUGGGUGCCACUCUGGGUGCCAGCAUUGAGGCCACUGCAGCUGGACAAGCUGCGAAGUCACAUGUGGUGAUCCCACAUGAACAUGAGGUGCGCACCACGCUGCAUGUGCGCGUCCUGGCAGCUCAUGGCCUCGCGAGGACCCCGGAGGAUGUGGAGGACAUUGAUCCGUACGUUGUGGUUCGAGCUGGUCUGGAGGAGCAGCAGACGCCGGCUGUGAUCAAUGAUCCCGAUCCUGUCUGGGACAUUGAGUUUACUUGUCCAGCAGACGACGUGGAGCUCUUGGAGCUGGAGGUGCUGAACGCCAACGGCCAGCACAGCUUGGGGAAAUCAUCCCUCAGCAUCCCAGAUCUUGCAAGAGGCGUUUGGCACCGUCGACGGCUUCCCCUGGACAAGCCCCCAGGCGAGCUAUCGGUGCAGGUUCGACGUGACGUGGCAGUUGGCCAGGACACCAUGCUCCAGCUGGAGCCCGCCCAGGAAGAGGAGCAGACCUUCUCGGCAAAGGGUUUACAGCUCAGCCUGCCAGAGGACUGGGAAUCGGAGGAAUCCGACGAUGAGCUGGUCAUACAUGUUGAAGUCGACAAGGUUCGGCCAAAGACCUUCGCUGCCCCGGAAGACCUUUUCGGUGAUGCACGCCUGAAGGUGGAUCCAACCAUUGGUCCGGCCCGGAUGAUACAAGAACUGGCGUCCCUGACAGAGGCUCCUGCCCGGGCCAGUGGGCUGGCGAGCUUGCGGGAAGAGCUGUAUGUUGAGUCCAACGACAAAGGGAGGAGAAUUCAGGUGGAGGCAGAAGCAGCGAGCACGGCUUUGGCUUCCGCUCUUGCUAAGCAAAAAGCCAUGGACAAAGCAGCCCAGGAGGAAUUGCGAAGAGUGAUGAAGAAGCUUCAGGAGCUGGAGGCUGCAGCACAGGCUGCUCCGCAGGCUGCACCGCUGGCUGCGCCGCUGGCUGCGCCGCAGGCUGCGCCGCGGGGCGCACCCAGCCUCCAGCCCAACACCAGCGCAGCCUUUUCGCAAGGUGAGUCCGCUGGUGGAGAGCCUGCUGAGUCUUCCACUAGCCAGGGGGCAGUGAUUGCAAAGCCCGAUCCAACGCCCGUGAGCCAAAGCCCAUUGAGGUCGAUGGUGCCCAAGGCAAAGGCCGAGUUGCCUCCCAAGCCCCAAGACUCCCAAGCUGUGACGAAGGAGGUGCCAGCGAAGAGCAACAGCCCGCAGGAUACCUACAGCGCGGCUUUAGACAACCUCCAGAAGGUGGAGGCUGCUUUGGAUGGCUUCAAGAAGGAUGCCAGCAUGAAGAACUUCAGGAUGGAGGUCAAGAAGUUUAUCAACACACGCUUUGGUCAAAUAUCCGCAACGUGGAGUCGGAUCCAGGAGUGUACCUCUGCUUUGUGUACAUUUCUAGCCAAGUACUCGAAGGAAGAUGAGUCCAAGCGAGUGUUUGUUGAGUAUGCCAUGGCCUUCCGGUUGGUGGAUGAUGCGGAGGUCAGUGUGAGAUCACAGCCACGAGCAGCCUGGUCAAUUGCGGAGGUUGCUUGUCGCGUCUUCGACAAGUACCCUGGUGUACAGGAGCUCUUCCGCGGUCUCAUGUGCCGUGCAUGCCCCUACUUGCGCGCUGAAUCUUCAGCACAGGUACUGCAAGACAUGGCACAGUGCAGACGACCACAGGAGGCUCUGAACGAGAUGGUGGACAGAAUGGUCAGCUAUCAGCGACUGUGGCUGGCUAUCGCUGCAAUACAGGGGGAGCUCAGCAUCAUCUGGCACUGGCUUGCGUGUACUCUCAACCAAGCGCCUUCAACCACCCGGGUUGCAAUGAUCCACGCUGCCUUGGAUAUGGUUGGCGCAGAUGCACAGGCAAGAUACAAGAAGCAGUUUGAGAAACUUGUGGCUUGCAUCAGUGACAGAUACAUGGCAGAGGUAUCUUCUUUGCAGGCAAACGUCAAGGGCGAGGAAGCAGAUCGCUUGCGAGCAAGCCACUCCAGAUUGUCCAGAUGGAUUCAAGACUUCAAGUUGCGUGGGCGAGCCACAUAUCCUGAUGGUCGUCAUGUCCAGGCACGACAGGAGUCGGAGCUAAAUCCCCACAUCUGAGGGAUAGAGCCACCAUCAAACAUGGCAGACUAAGCCAGUCCAGCCAUGCGUGUACAUACUCUCCGCGAUGUGGAAGUGCGUAUUCCUAGGCAGCUGCAUGGGUAUACAACAGGUUUCUAGCCCGGAAUAGUGCUUGAACAAGAGC